AUUAACAUAUUUUGAUUUUGUUGUAUCAUUUGAAAUGACAACUUGUUAGAGUGACAGUUUGCCGCAUUCAGAAAAGUACGUGUCAAUAGCGCUUGCGUCCUUGACAUUGUCAACUUUUUAUGAAAAUUAAAUAAUGCGUUUGCCCUUUUUGGAACUGAUAACGCUAUUAAAAUACACAAGUAUUCUUUUAUUUUGUAACAUCUAUGAUUCAUUUUCGAGUGUUACUGAGUUUGUAGAACGCAAUAUUAACUGGAUACAUUUUCGAGUGUUACUGAGUUUGUAGAACGCAAUAUUAACUGGAUAUGGGGAACUACAUAUGUAUUACUGUGAAAAGGAUUUUCAUCCGAAAUCUGUAUCCGAAUAGUGAAUCUCAUCCCCCUUUGUUUGGAAAACAUUCUUUGACAAGUUACCUAUGGAAUAUGCCAGAGUUUGGUAUAUAACCUUGUUGAAAAGAUAUUGAUCUCUUUGAUCAAUUUUACAAAAUGCAGUAAGGUUAUUUUAUCAGAUAAUGGCAUGUUAAUAAUGUAGCUUGUUGUGGCAUCCAACGAAGACGAUUUCACAAUGAAAUGGAAUUACUGCAGUAUGGUUUGAUUCUGUGUACAGCAAUUGAAUUGUUGCUGAUAACACUUCAAUUUCUAGCCAAAUCUGAGUUCUACAGUGAAGGGGGCAUGACUCACGGUGUCUCAAGAAGUUCAGUUUGUAAGAGUAUUUGGCAGGUGCUAAAAGCUUUAGACCGCCGCUUGAAUACUGUGGUAUUCCCUACAUCAGAGAGAGAACUGGUCCAAGUGAAACAAAAAAUUUUUGGUAUAGCCGGAAUUCCAAAUGUGAUUGGAGCAGUGGAUUGCACACACAUCGCCAUGUUAGCCCCAAGGGAGAGAGAAGACAUAUAUGUGUGUCGGAAAGGAUACCAUUCCAUUAAUGUACAAGCUGUUGUAGAUGCAAACAUGAGAUUCACUAACAUUGUGGCAAAGUGGCCGGGAUCCACACAUGACAGUGUAAUCUUUGACAACUGUAGCUUGAAGGACUGGCUGGUGGAUGGAAGCAAAGGAUGGCUACUAGGAGACUCCGGCUAUGGACUGAAACCAUAUCUUCUUACUCCAAAGCUGAAUCCAAUGAGCAGAGCUGAGAUCGCGUUCAACUUGGCCCACAGUCGUUCGAGGAUGGUAGUAGAGAGGGCGUUUGGACUGUUGAAGUCACGUUUUAGGUGUCUUCACAAAACUGGAGGCUAUCUACAAUUUUCGCCUCAGAAGAUAGCUCUGGUUGUGACUGUAUGUGCCAAGCUGCACAAUCUGUGUCUGAGUGAUGGUUUCCUUGACAUUGAUGACAUUGACGUAGAAGAUGAUGAUGACAAUGUACAACUGCCACUGGAAAACCCUGACCUGAAUGCGUUGCGUGCACGGGCCUUACUGAUUGAGAGAUUUCACUAAAAAGGGAUUCUAUAUUAAUUUAAUAUAGAAUACCUUUUUCAGGGAAAUCGCUCAAUCAGUAAUGAAUUGAUUCUCAAUAGCAUACUGAACUGUUUAAUGUAUUGUUUUGUUCAUUUCACUACUAGAGUAUUGUUUUAUUACUAUGUGAUACUAGGUGAUAUUUAGUGUUAAAAUAUAAGAAGUAGUUCUAACAAUGACACAAUAUUUUUUGAUAGUUGUUAAAAAUUGCAGAGAAUUGUAAUAACCUUAUUAAUUUCACACCAUAUUUAGUACAUUUCAUUUAUAGCAAUUUGCUGCUAAAAUUGUCAUUUGAUUUAUAAUAUGAAUGUUAAUAAAUGUUUAAAGCCACACACCUUGAAAUGAAGUACAUGUUAAUAAAUACAUAUUGAUGCAAUUUCAAAAUGUGCAAAAUUGUCAUAAAAUCUCUAGCCUUGUUAGCAAGUUAU